AUGAGCGCGACAAGCUCCGUCGCCGCGCGCCAUUGCGUAGCGCUAGCACGCUCCCAGCAAGCCCGCCUCUUCCCCCGACUAGCACUUCAAUUAGCGGUGCGCAGGCCGUUCACGACGCGCCACGCGCUGCUCAGUAAGCGCAAAACUACUACUACUACCGCUACUACCGAGCCGCCCAAGCCAAAACAAGCGAUCCACCAGAACCCCGAGCUUCCCAAGUUCAGCCUCGACGGCCUGGGUCUUAGCAAGAAUAUGAAGACGCUUUUCUACGUCCUCAUUUGCAUCUGGGGGACAUUUGAGACGUACUUCUACGGGCAGGCAAUCUACACGUKGUGGACGGCUAAGCCUGCGGAGGGCAAUUGA